CGGCCGGGACCGUUGGAGCGCGGCGGCGGCUGAGGCGGCCCGGCCGCCCCUGGAGCCCCGGGAGCCGCGGCAGCCCCGGCACCGGCUCAGGUCGUGGUUUUAAUGUCUGAAGAAGGAAGUGAGCCCGGGAAAGUGGAAGUUGCCCUGAGAGACUUCUCAGUGUGAUUCAGAAUGAUUGAGGAGAGUGGGAAGAGAAGGAGGACCAUGGCAGAGAAGAGGCAGCUGUUCAUGGAAAUGAGAGCCCAGAACUUCGACGUGAUCCGGCUCUCCACGUACAGAACCGCCUGCAAGCUGCGCUUCGUGCAGAAGAGGUGCAACCUUCACCUUGUUGACAUCUGGAACAUGAUUGAAGCCUUCAGAGAUAACGGCCUUAACACCCUGGAGCACAGCACGGAGCUCAACGUGUCCCGCCUGGAGACCAUCAUCUCCUCCAUCUACUACCAGCUGAACAAACGGCUGCCCUCCAGCCACCAGAUCAGUGUGGAGCAGAGCAUCAGCCUGCUGCUCAACUUCAUCCUGGCAGCCUAUGACAGUGAGGGCCAUGGGAAGCUGACAGUGUUCUCAGUGAAAGCCAUGCUGGCCACCAUGUGUGGGGGGAAGAUCCUGGACAAGCUCAGAUAUAUUUUCUCUCAGAUCUCAGAUUCCAACGGGCUGCUGGUGUUCCCCAAGUUUGAGCAGUUCCUGCGGGAGGUGCUGAAGCUGCCCACGGCCGUGUUCGAGGGGCCCUCCUUCGGCUACACCGAGCACUCGCUGCGCACCUGCUUCCCACAGCAGAAGAAGGUGAUGCUGAACAUGUUCCUGGACACGCUGAUGGCUGACCCUCCUCCCCAGUGCCUUGUGUGGCUGCCCCUCAUGCACAGACUGGCCCAUGUUGAAAAUGUCUUCCACCCCGUGGAGUGCUCGUACUGCCACUGUGAGAGCAUGAUGGGCUUCAGGUACCGCUGCCAGCAGUGCCACAACUACCAGCUGUGCCAGAACUGCUUCUGGAGGGGCCACGCCAGCGGCCCCCACAGCAACCAGCACCAGAUGAAGGAGCACUCCUCAUGGAAAUCCCCAGCCAAGAAGCUCACCCACGCCAUCAGCCGCUCUCUGGGCUGCGUGCCCAGCCGGGACCCGCCCCGCCCGCUCUUCCCCGAGCAGCCCGAGAGGCCCCUGGACCUGGCCCACAUCGUCCCCCCCAGGCCCGUGGCUAACAUGAACGAGGCCCUGGUCACCCACGUGUCCUCGGGAGCGCCCACGCCAACCAAAAGGUGCCAGCCCCGCAGCUGCAGCAGCCCCGAGCCGUGCCGGGAGGAGCACGCCCUGAUUGCCACCUUUGUGAGCCACCUGAGGAGCGGGGCACGUGCCCUGGACAGCCCAGGCCGGCUGGACGAGGAGCACCGGCUCAUCGCCCGCUACGCCGCGCGCUUGGCCGCCGAGGCUGGCAAUGCUCCUCGCCCUCCUGCAGAUCUGCCCUUCAGCUUCGAUGCCAACAAGCAGCAGAGGCAGCUGAUAGCAGAGCUGGAGAACAAGAACAGGGAGAUCCUGCAGGAGAUCCAGCGGCUGCGGCUGGAGCACGAGCAGGCCUCGCAGCCCACGCCCGAGAAGGCGCAGCAGAACCCCACGCUGCUGGCUGAGCUGCGCCUGCUGCGGCAGAGGAAGGAUGAGCUGGAGCAGAGGAUGUCAGCCCUGCAGGAGAGCAGGAGAGAGCUGAUGGUGCAGCUGGAGGGGCUGAUGAAGCUGCUCAAAGAAGAAGAACAAAAGCAGGCAGCGCAGGCCGCGGGCUCGGCCCAGCCCUCGCCCACCCAUGGCCGCCCACCCGCCGGGCCCGUGGCCCCACGAUCAGCCUCAGCCGGCUCCACACCCACACACGGAGCCCAGGACGCGCUGCCAGGACUCGGGGGCGACGUGCACGAGGCCUUCACACAAGGUACGAGGAGGAACCUGCGCAAUGACCUGCUGGUGGCAGCUGACUCCAUCACCAACACCAUGUCCUCGCUGGUGAAGGAGCUGCACUCAGCAGAGGAAGAAGAUGAAGAAGAAACAGAGAAGCUGCAGAACGGGAAGGACCGAGGUUAGGAGGGACCACAGGCUGGACAGCAGCUCAGGAUCCCUGCAGACCCUGACGGGUUUCCCGGUGCCGCAGGCUCGGAGGUUGCUCCUGCGAUCGAGGGACGUCUCCCCCCUCAGAAGAGGCGGUUCCAGCCCAUCCAUCACCAUCGUGCAACUGUGACCGAUCUCCACCACCUGCAGCCGCCGGGAGCCAGCACCGGGAGCUGUCCCGAGGCCUCUCCUGCCCCUCAGGCAUUGCAUGCACCCUCGGUGUGUUCCCACCCGGCUCAGCCGCUCAGGCAGGCUUAAAAAACGAAAAUAACACCUGAAAGGACACUG